AUGUAACAAUAUUAAGUUGGAAGAAGGAAUCCAUCAUGUAAAAUUUAUCCUUUACAAAUUAGAACCAUAAUAACAAUCUUUAAAAUACAAUCAAUAUCAAUCAAGAUCACCAUUUUCAAGUAUCGAAAAUACCUAAAAUUCAUAAAUCCCAUCUAAUAAAUUUCAUCACAAAGCUAGCACUGAUAUUGAUUCUAUCAAUAAAACUACUUCCAUUACCACCAAUCCAUAUUAUAAUUAAUAUCUCAAAAGAUCAUCUAAUUCUAGUCAUCAAGAUAAACCUCCCGUAAUUUAUUUCUUUAUCUUAAAAAUAGUCAUUGUAAUAUAGUAAUUCCAAAUCUAAUAUAAAUCCAAAUUAAUCACAUGACUAUUCAAUCUAAUUUAAAGUAGGAGGUAAAAAUGAUAAAAAAAAUGAUUCAGUCAACGAAACUCAUUUAUCUUAAUUUAUUAAUCCAACUAAAUAAUUUGUAUGUAUGAGUCCUGCUUAAAAUCGUGAUAAUUCCAUUAUUUUUCAAUCUCCUAAAUAAACCCAAUAACCAACUACUAUUAUUCAAUCACCACAACCUUAUAAUCUAACUAAUACUCCUCUUUAUUAUAAUAAUAAAGGAUCAUAAUCUUAACUUAAAGCUAUCAAUUAUAAUAAUAAUCCUAAUCUAUUAAAUGAAUUAAAAUUAUUACAAGAUUCUAAUAAUCUUAUGCAACAAAAUAUUCAUUAAAUAGAAAGUGAAGUUUCAAGAGGAUAAUCUUCUUAAUUUAUUCAAGAAUUAGAAUAAAAAAUCAAUUUACUCAAAUAACUCAAUGAAAAAUUACAAUUUGAAAAUUAAUCUUUAAUUGAGUAAACUGAUAUUUAUAAAAUUAAAGAACAUUUAGAAAAAUCUUAGUAAACUCGUAAACAAACUUCAUAAUAACUUUAGAGUAUUAAAAAUGAAUAAUAGUAAUACCAAUUAAAAUGUGAUGAGUUAUAAAAUAAAAUUGAUUAAAAUGAUGAUUCCUAAAUUAAAGACUUAGUUAUUGAAUUAGAAAGUAAGGUUUAAAAUCUUAUUGCCGAAAAUGAUAGAUUAAAUCAAUAAUUACCUUCUAAUUCUAAUCUUUAAAUCAUUUCUGAUAUUGCAAGACUUAAGAAUGAAAUUGAAAACUUAACUAAAUAAUAAUAAUAAUUAAAAAGAGAAGAAGAUCAUUUGAAAUUAACAUAUAAAUAAAUUGAAUAAAUUUAUGAGUAAAAAAUUGCAGAUAAUUUAUAUGCUGAUCUCAAUGAAAAAAUCUAACUAUUAAUUGAAGAAAAUGAAAGAUUAUAAUAAGUUAUUAAUGAUUCUGAAUAUACAGACUAAGAUCUAUAAGAUAUUAAAUCAAGAGUAAAAUAUCAUUAUAUCUAUCUAGAUUAAGGUUGUUAAAUAGGAUAAUUUUAAAAUGGAACAGUAAUUAAAAAGAAAAAAUCAUAAUAAAAAUUAUUGA